AUGGGUCGCAUCCGGACAAAGAUAGUGAAGAAAUCCUCCCGCCAGGUGAUCGAGCACUACUACUCGCGCAUGACCCUGGACUUCCACACCAAGAAGAAGAUCCUCGAGGAAGUCGCCAUCAUCCUUUCCAAGCACCUCCGCAACAAGAUUGCUGGAUUCUCCACCCACCUCAUGAAGCAGAUCCAGAAGGGCUCGGUUCGUGGCAUUUCCCUGAAGCUGCAGGAGGAAGAGCGUGAGCGCCGCAUGGACUUUGUCCCCGAGGAGUUCGCCAUCAAGAUCGACAAGAUCUUCGUCGACAAGGAAACCCUCGACAUGCUCUCCGCUCUCGGUAUGGCUGACAUGCCUGGUGUCAAGCGAAUCGAACCGGAAGCUCAUUCUCAGAAUCUCAGGAAGAAGUUUGUUAUGUGUUUAAUUUUACUGUUGAAAUCAUGCGUGUGA